GUUGGAUCGAUCAGUAAGUGAUAAGAUGGCAAGCGGUGCUCUCAAGGCUGGUGUUGAAGACUGCAACACAAAAUUAACUGUCGAUGGUUGGUUGAAACGGGUCGAGCGACGCAGAGAGCUAGCCGGUCUGGAUGAGUACGAUUCCUACGGCGAACCGACGAAAGAUGAAGUGCUGACCAAACGAGGAUCAUGGACGGGACGGUAUGAUUUCCUUCUUUCACUGCUCGGAUACUCCGUGGGCCUGGGAAACGUUUGGAGGUUUCCUUAUCUCUGCUACAGCAAUGGUGGAGGAGCCUUUUUGAUUCCCUUCGCCGUUAUGCUGAUUAUUGCCGGACUGCCGCUGAUGUUUAUGGAGCUCUCGUUGGCGCAGUACGCUGGGUUAGGUCCAGCGAUUCUCUUCAAACGGAUCGCUCCACUGUUUGAGGGGCUCGGUUAUGCGAUGAUCCUUAUAGCUGGCACCGUCAUGUUGUACUACAACGUGAUCAUUGCUUGGACGGUCUACUAUAUGACCGUCUCAUUCGAGGUGCCACUGCCCUGGAGAGGCUGCCAGCAAGAGUGGGCCAGUGAGAUGUGUUUUUCGUACGAAGAAGAAGAUGACUGCCAGGCCGGAAAGGGAGUGUACUACAAGACCAAGUGUUUCUCCAGUGAUCAGGCAGCCACGCUGAAUCUGACCCAGCGGUUGCCUCGGAAACCACCUGCGGAAGAGUUUUUCAAGAACUACUUCCUCCAGAUAUCACCGGGCAUUGAGAUAACGGGCACGAUCAACCAACGGUUAGCUCUGUGUCUUCUGGUCGCCUGGAUCAUUGUAUUUCUUUGCUUGUGCCGAGGAGUGAAGAGCUCUGGUAAGGUCGUUUACUUCACUGCCCUCUUCCCGUACGUCGUCCUGACGAUGCUGUUCAUCCGUGGCCUUACCCUUCCCGGAGCGUACGAUGGCAUCAUGUACUAUCUGCGGCCCGAUUGGGAGAAACUGCAAACUGCUCAGAUCUGGGGAGACGCGGCCGUACAGAUCUUUUUCGCCCUCAGCCCCGCCUGGGGUGGUUUGCUAACGCUUGCUUCGUAUAAUCGCUUCGAUAACAACUGCUACCGGGAUGCGAUCGUUGUGGCCAUAUCGAACAUUCUCACGUCUUUCUUCGCUGGCUUCGUCAUCUUCGCCAUCAUCGGUUUCCUGGCGCACGAACUGGACACCAGUGUGGCGAGCGUCAUCGAUCAGGGUGCUGGGCUGGCGUUCGUUGUGUUCCCGGAGCUGGUCGCUAAGCUGCAGAUGCCCAGGCUGUGGUCGGUGCUGUUCUUCUUCAUGCUACUGACACUCGGGCUCGAUUCACAGUUUACGCUGAUGGAGACGGUCGUCACGGCGAUUCUGGACACGUUUCCAAGCUGGCGACGCCGCAAGCUGGCGGUGGUUUCCGCUGUUAGCCUGCUGGGAUACCUCGGGGGACUAGUGUUUGUGACGAAUAGUGGCAUGUAUUGGUUCCAGCUGGUCGACAAGUACGCCGCAAACUGGUCCGUCCUCUUAAUAGCCAUCACGGAGUGCACGCUGAUUGGGUGGAUCUACGGUACCGAUCGGUUCAUUCACAAUAUCGAACAAAUGAUAGGCAAACGGUCCGCCAGCUUCCAUCGCUUCUGGACGAUAAUCUGGAAAUACGUCACCCCUGUCACGCUGCUGUUCAUUCUGUGCUUCAAUUGGUUGCAGUACAAACCGAUCGCAUACGGACGCUACGUUUACCCCGAUUGGGCCGAUUUGAUAGGGUGGAUCAUAGCGCUCGCGCCCUUUACGCUGGCCAUUCUAGUAGCCAUCAUAAAGGUGCGGCGCCAUCCGGACGCAUUCUUGCAUCAGAGCGCAGCGAAGCUGCUUAAGCCUAGCAGCGACUGGAAGCCAGCACAUCCUCGGUUAGCUUCGGAAAUGGAAUACGAAAAUAGUGAAGGAAUUGAGCUGUAGCAUAAGAGUCUAGCGAUGCCACGCAGUCCGUCCAUAAGUAGAACGUGAAUAGAAAGCCGUGUAUACUAAGAGGGUAUUUUU